UUGUUGCUAUGAGAACCUGGAGUUAAUUACUAUGAUUUACCGAUGAUUAUAAAGCUGAAUAGAGAUUUUGUCAUUAAAUUACCACUCACUGCCAGAACCCGACCAUGGUUUCCAGGGAAACUGGAGAAUGUGAAGCUUUUCUAUAGACACAGCCACAGCUAAGAGAGCGAGGAUUGCCUAACAUAGAUUCUUCCAGGGACAAACCUGCAGCCACUGCAAUCCCUAUCAAUCAACGGGGGAGCUGUACGGACAGAUGUGGGGCACUGUCAACAGGGAGAUUUUGCGAUGUUUGUCCCAAAUGUGAGAGAGAGAGUUGUGAAGAGACUCCAGUCUGACUUGGGCUGCUGAGGUGCUUCCACCACUUUAAUGCAGAGACAAAAUGGGAAGUCUGAAGGACAAGAUGAGAGGUCUCAGAGAGGACCACAAGUCCUGUGAGAAGACAGAUGAUGGCGAGCGUCCAGGCGGCUCCGAUGGCAGCGCUGAGCCCGAGGGACCGCAGAUAAACACGAGUCAAGAGUCAACAACUCAUCAACCAAAACGUCACAUGAACGCCAGCUACGCUGAAGAGAGAGACGAGAAUGAAAAUUCCAAAGAUCAAGCGCUUUCAGGAGAGGGUUGUGUUAAAGAGUCGACACAGACGGACACCAUCCUUCUAACACAACACACUGAAGAUGAUAAGACAACAACAGCUACACAUAAGGACACGGCAGUCUCUAAUAAGUUCCUGAGUGAUGGAGUUGGAGUUGGAGAAAUUCGGGAGGAGACGUCUAAGGAUAAAAACAUGGGUCAUGACAGAGAAAAAAAGACAGCCAUUGAAGAUGUAUUUGUGCCUGUGCCAGCAACUCCAGGCCUCUCAGACCCACUAUCCCCUGCUCCUUCUGGCCAGCACCACAUGCCCACACAGGUCAGCCUGGAGGUGGUCCAGUGUCGCUCAGCAGCCACCAGCCCCAUGACACCUCCUGAGGGCGGCCAUUCCUUCUUCUUCCCAAGCUCUUUUGGGAAGUCCGGAGCUGUGGGUGCUGUCACUAAAGACGCUGAGCUGCAGGUGGGUCAUCAGGUGGAGUUCUGCUCUGUGGCCACAUCCCCCAUGACCCCGAAGACGCCCUCGUCCACAGCUUUCCCUGAGCUUAGCGAUAGAGAGACGGUACGGAAGCAGAAGGAGGAGAUUGGGAAAAAGAAUGACGCGCAAAGGGAAAAUGACAAACAAGAGUGUUCUCCUGUGACAAAAAGUCUACAAGAGGCUGAGCCAGAGAUAACAGGAGCUUUGAAAAGUGUCAUGUCAAAGGAGCCAAAUGAGGGCUUCAGCUCGAAUGCAUCUCCAGAGGGCUCCGUCAGCUGCACUGCCGGGUUGAUAGUUUCACCUGUACCUCUGGGGGAUAGUAAUCAGCAGUGUAAACAGCAGAGGAUGGGAAGCAUGGAUCAAGACAUCACAAUUCUGGUGACCCAUUAUGGCAACAAUGAGGAGGAAGAGGGAGACAAGUCUGAAUCAUGUUUUACCAUUGAGCCAGAGAUGGUCAAAAUAGAUGAAUAUGAGGAAUUAAGAGGGAACAAUGGUGAUAUAAAGAGGGAGGAUGGAAUGGAAAUUAUCUCCGUAGGAACUGUUGCUCCUGAUGUACAGGACGCCUCAAACUCCAACCCUUCACAAAACAAAACAGAAGACUCCUCUGUUUCUGACGAACCAAAGACAAAUGUGAAUGCUGAAAAUUCCGUGGUGGAAGAAAACAAAGGUGCAUGUGGAGAGUUGAGAGACGUGACAAAGCCUCCCGUCCCGGAAUCUCCAGCUCCCUUUGGCUGCCACAACAUCCGCACUCAGGUGAGCCUGGAGGUGGUGCAGUGUCAGUCUGCGGCUACCAGCCCCAUGACCCCUCCUGAGGGGGACCAAGCCUUCUACUUCCCCAGCUCUUUGGGGACGUGUGGAGGUGUCGGCACGGGGACUAAAGACGCUGAGCUGCAGGUGGGUCAGCAGGUGGAGUUUCGCUCUGUCGCUACAGCACCCAUGACCCCGAGAACACCCACCAUCGUGGCUUUUCCGGAGAUCAGGAAGAAUGCAAGCAUAGAGGAGAAGAUAGUGGAGGAGGAAGAGGCUACGAAGGCGCAGGUGGUGGAGGACAAAGAGGAGGAGAAAGUAACCGAAGAGAAAAAGGUGAAGGCAACUGAAGAGGACACAAAGGAGGCACUAGAUUGUGCAGAGAUAAGUGAGGAGCCGGUGCAGGAAGUGAACUGGGAUGAAAAGGGGAUGACGUGGGAGGUGUACGGGGCGGUGGUGGAAGUGGCAGUGUUGGGCUCGGCCAUACAGAAACACCUGGAGAAACAGGUGAAGAAGCAGAAGCCCUCCAUGCCUCCCCCUCCUCCGCUCAACCCCUCAGCCAUGCCCCUCACUUCAGAGUGCAUCAAGGGGGGUUUUGAUUCAGGUAAAGGCCGGGCGGGGGAAAAGGGAGAGCGGGGUGGGGAGGUGAGCCGACGCAGAAGAAACCCCUUCCGUCAGCUGAUGGAGAACAUGCAGCAGCCUCAUUGCUGCUCCAGAGCUCACACCGCGGAGUGACACCAGAAUCCUGUCGAGAAAACAGCUGGUCGGAAGAAGAAAAAAAAAAAAAAACCUGGUCACGUGAUUUAUGUGUGAUACAGUGAUUUACUUCAACGGGACUUCAAAAUUGUGAGAUGCAAAUCACCUCACACAAGACCAAAAAAAAAGCACAAAAGCAUUUAUUAUCCAACUUUUAUCAUGGAUCAUUAAGAAUCAGCCAUAGAAGAUGGGGUAUCUUUUUUUUCUCUUUUUCUCUCUUGGAGUUCCAUGUUCCAUGUUAGCGCUUCUCCUUUAAUGUUUUUUAUCAAGAUUGUCCACUGAGCCAUUUUAGUUUUGGGGGUUUUAUUAAUUCAUAAUGUCUGAGGUGCGCCUCAGACAUAAUUGCUUAGACGCUUAACACAGCUUUAACUGUGGGAGAUGACAGUGACAGCUUUUGAUUGUGAUUUAUUGUGUGAGUUUGUUUCAAAUGUAUGUUAAGUAAAAAUUGAUCCCUGGCAUGUGCAAAUGUAUGUGUGUGUGCUGUAUGUGUGUGCGUGCACGUGCGUGUGCGUGCACGUAUGCAUGUGUGUGUGUAUGUUUGUGUGUAUGUGUGAGACUCCCUACCAUUAGUGCUGGCUUUUGUAUUGUGUUAUGCUUUUAGAUUUGGCACUAUGCUUUGACCUGUUUGUGUCGUGAAAGUAUAAAAAUGUACAGAUGGCGAGAACAAUCAACACCAUGUGACACAAUAUGAGGAUAUUUUUAGUCAUUACUACUUAAUGUAUUUUAAUGCCUUGAUUCGUGAUUCAGUUGUAUGUGAUGAAACCUAUUUUAAAUAUCUUUUAAUUCAAAGGUUGUUACAGUGCCAGUGGUGUUCAUACGUUAAAUUAAUUCAUAAAAACAGGUUUAAAUCCGCAUUUGGAGAAAUUGAUUUUAUUCACAUUGCAUUUGUGAUACAUUCAUUUAUAUGUAAGUAAACAGUGAUAAAAUAAUAUUUUUUAAUCUACUGCUUGUAGGAAGUCACUCUGCAUGAGUUUUUUGUUUUUUAAAUAAGUAUCUCAAACUCAAAACAAUCCAAGACAAAUUAGAUUAGAUUUUGAGAUUGGCUUAAAUUAGAGUUAAAUUAAAUAAAAUUAAAUAAGUAGUUCAUUCAUGCAUUGAUAUCAUGCAAUAUUUUCUUCUUUUUCAAUUUUUAUUUCUAAUAGCAUCAGCUGCAACAAAAAUUACCAUUGUAUGUUGACAUAAUGUAUAAUACAGUUUAUUUCAAAGCCAACCAAACAGUUUUUAAACCGUCGCUUAAUAUAUUAACAACAAUAAAGUGAUCAACAUGUGCAACAAA